AUUUUUGGUAUCAGUAUUGCAUUCAACCAAGAGGAUUUGGCGCGUUGCACACUCGUUCAUAGGUUAAUAAAUGAUCGAAAGCACCUGCUAGAUUCAAUUCUCCGUUCCUCUCACUUCUUAACAACUAUCUCAGCUUCUUCAAUCUUCAUUUACCCUCAGCGAUGACCAUCUGUUCUUGCCUGGCUGCAACACAGGAGCUCAUCAAUGCUGUUCUCUAAGUUGAAUACAUCGCGCUUUCUGCGCUUCGUGGUUGUAGUCACGCCCCUCGUUCUUUUCUCAAUUUAUAUAUUACAUACCAACUGGGAUCCAUUUCGUUCAUCAUUCUCUAUUUUACAAUCAAGCAAAUGCCAGCACAAUGAUAUAGACACGCCUACCGAUACAAACUCAACUCUGAAUACAUCUUACAAGGAGCCAUCGCUAGAAGACACUCCAAGCGACGUACCAAACUCUAAUCCGCAACCAUUACCAACAUCUUUCGCCGGCGAGACUAUCUCCGCUGUCACCUCAGCAAUUUCCGGCAUACCCAAGAAAGUCUGGCAAACUGCCAAAGUCAACACCUUAAGUGAAGAUCAGCGUGGAUGGUCUAACAGCUGGACGGAGAAAAACCCGUCAUUUCGCCUGGAACUCCUCACAGAUCGAUCUAGUGAGACAUUUGUUCGCACUCACUAUCUCCAAGCCCGACCGGACAUCGUCGAGGUCUACGAAGCCCUUCUCAUCCCAAUCUUACGUGCCGACCUUCUUCGCUACCUCAUGGUUCUGGCCGAAGGUGGAGUCUGGAGCGAUUUAGACGCGACAUGCGACAAGGAAGUCUUGCAGUGGGUGCCAGCCGAGUAUAGACACCACAAGAUUGAUAUGAUCGUCGGGCUGGAGUUUGACUUUGAAUGGCGCGGUGAAGGAACCCAGGUGGCUUCCCAAUUCACCAACUGGGUGUUUGCGGCGCAGCCUUCGUCGCGCAAUCUGCAAAUCGUUGUUGACGCUGUCGUCGAUAUGAUCAAGGAUAUUGCGUGGUCGAAUGGGGUACCUGUUGCAGGGCUUACCAUGGAUAUGCUCCCCAUAGACGUGGUUGAUGUAACUGGUCCCAAGAUCAUGACUAUUCAAAUCUUGAAAAGUCUCGGGCAACUGCUGGGCAGGCCCGUGGAUGAUCGUGAUUUCUCAGGCAUAAAGCAGCCGAAGCUGAUCGGAGACGUUCUUAUUAUGCCUGGAAAUGCGUUUGCGGCCAUCCAGAACGGGUUUCCGGAUGACCAGGGAGAUAUACUUGUUACUCAUCAUUAUGAGGGCUCAUGGAAACAGGCUGAUGCUGAGGCAAAGGAAAGGAAGAAGCAACAAAUGGAUAACGAAAAUAAAGCAUCAGGUGUUUAAUAUGGCAACGUGACUUCAUGUAAUAUAAACCGAUCUUCGC